AAUAUAUUCUUCAUCAAGUAACUUUAGUUAUUUUAAGUGGCAUUGACAAACCACCCAGUAAAAACUGCUUAACCAGUGUAUGUAUCAGGAAACAUCUUUUUGAACUUAAAAAUUGAGUUUGUGUUACUUAAAGUUUUCUAUGUAAUCUGUUUCAACUAUUUUUGAGUUAAAAUGUCUUAUUGGAUUACAGUGAUAUAUUCAGUCUUUAGUUCAGUAAAAGUACUAAUACCACGCUAUAGAAAUACUCCAUUACAACUACAAUUCAGAACAAAACUGGAUUUAUUUAUUAUUAUGUUGCAGGGUAAGUGAUGUAGUGAGUAAACUAAAAUUUAAAUAUCUGUCAUUAAUUGGCAUGAAAGCAUCAGUGGAAGAAGUAUUUUGAGUAAUAAUAAUAUAAUGUUACUAUCUGCAAUGUUCCUAUAUUUUAUUUGGACCGGUAGCCAACACCACGAAGCAACCGACACCAGACCCACAAUGCAACGCCAAGACACAGACAGACAGACAACCCCAGCUUAGCUUAGCUACAGAUAGCUAGCUGGAUGCCCCUGCCUCACAUCACUCUCCACUAGCAGAAAGCUAUCGUUAGCUUUGUACCGUUACAUCAUUCAUUGUUGGCUGAAAUCAACACUAUCCACUCACACAGUAACAAGCUAUAGACUGAAGGUUUCUGCCAGGCUCAGAUUGUUUCUCUCUCUCCGUCAGUCUCAGUGCUUCAGGUCUGAACACGCUCGCAGGCCUUCAUCAGACCAGUUCAACCUGUCCGCAUUCACUCUCUUUGACUUUGGAGAGAAAUCUCUUCAAGUUCACCGACAGUUACAGCAGAGAGAAAGUUAAUAUCUGCUGCUGUGAUUGUUGGUUGUGAUCCUCUCCUGCAGAUGGAGUUACACAUACCUACAGUCCUGUGGUUCUGUGGCGUUUACCAGUUUCUGAGGACGGAUUAAAUCAGUUCACUGUCUCCAGGUAUUUCUCCACCUACUCACCUGUUUGUGAACCAGCUCGGGGUGUCACACUGCGGCGUGAAGGGUCGCUGACUCACCGCGGUUUUAAUGUCACAAUGUGGCAUGUCUGAGUGGAAAAAAACUGACAGUCCAACCAUGAGGUGGCGCCCUCCUCCUCUUCCUCUCGUCUUCCUCCUCUUCUCUUUCCUCUCCCUCUUCAUCGGAGCAGCUUCAGGAUUCAAGAUCUGCGCCUACAAUGUGCCGAACUUCAACCCCACGAAAGCAUCGAACUACAGAGUGAGACACACUCUGACGAAGAUCUUGUCUCGCUGUGAUAUCUCCCUCCUGCAGGGGGUGAAGGAUUCUGAUGGUAAAGCCAUCCAACGUUUGCUGGCUUCUCUCAACAGGAAUUCUGACAGGUAUGAGCACUACAAAUACCAGUCAGUGUCCAGUAAGAGUCUGGGAAACUCCCCCAAAGACAUGGAGCAGUAUGUUUUCAUCUACAGGAACGAGACGGUGAACGUGAUGGGUCAGCAUCAGUACCAGAAGCAGCAGUCCUUCGUCAGAGAGCCGUUCGCCGUCCAUUUCAAAAGCAAUAAAACUGCAAUCAAGUCGUUUAUUCUGGUUCCCCUGCACAGUGAACCCCAACAGGCCGUCCAGGAGAUCGACCGGCUCUACGACGUCUUUGAGGAAGUCAGCCAGAAAUGGAACAACACGAACGUGAUGUUUCUGGGAGAUUUCCACGCCGGCUGUGCCUACGUGAACCGAGCCAACAGGAAAAACAUCCGACUGUUCUCCAAUACGACUUUCCACUGGCUGAUCAGGGACAAAGUGGACACCACCGUCCCUGACUUGACCACCUGUGCUUAUGACAGGAUUGUGGUACACGGGGAGGGCUUCCUGAAGGCGAUCAGUCCGUAUUCUGCACAAGUGUUCAACUUUGGCAGAGAGUUCAAACUUCCCAAGAAGAGGGUGCUGGAGUUGAGCAACCACCUGCCCGUGGAGGUACAACUAAAGAGCUCCGCCCCUCUGAGUCAGGCCACGCCCCUCCUGAUCCUCCUCAGUGUCUGUGCGAUCGUCCAGUCCUUCCUGUCCGCUCUGUGAUCGGCUAACUAACUAGCUAAUCUACAUUAAUUGUCGGCUUGCUAGAACAUCUGGUAGCUGUUGUUUGCUCAACUGUUAUUGGAGGACGGAGCCAAAAGGGGCGGGGCUUAGGAAGGGUCAGUUAAGGCCCAAAAGUGAUGUUGAGUCAGUCGUCUGGUGCCAUUUAAAAGAGGCCAAAUACUUUAUUUUAUAUUUUAACAGAAAUAAUGAGAAGGGAUGACGAUCGUCCUAAUUGUGUAAAUGAAUGUGUUUAUUAAUUAAUCCUGUAUCAGUUUGUAAUGAAUGCACAAACUGUAGAGUGAACUUUAAUAACAACACAUGUUGUUACUUUAGAGGUGAUGUUUCUUUUCUCUUUCAUCUUCAUCAUCUUCCUCAUCUGUUGUUCUUCCUGUCGCCGCCUCAGGUCACAAACUGAUGUAAAUAAUAUGUCAGAAAGACGUUUGUUGUUUGUGUGUGUUUAAUAUUCUGUAAAGGUUUUUAAAAAUAAAAUAAAAAUGAAAUUAAAA